AUGGACCGGCCCACCUCCGAGUUUGCACAGUCAGGUUCGCACCCACCGUCCAUCGCAAACGCAAACGCAGCUUCUGAACCUUCCGCAGACCAGACUUCCACUGCUCCCAGCUCGCACUACACCAAUACUCCUCAACCAGAUCCUCGGCCAACCCCUCAGUACACUCCGCAACCCGAGGUACGACAGGACUAUUUACCGCGUCUUCCUCCAUACGCGCCCGCAUCUCAACCUGGUGCACCCGCCGGUAUGGCCCAAGCGACGAGUGCGAAAACCGAACCCUUUUCACCAAUCUCCCUGUAUUCUAACCAUGUCGUAGAUUCCACUCUGCCGGCUACUAGCCCACCUUACCCCCCUCCCUACUCCCCCUAUCAACCGCAGGGACACGAAAUGGCGUACCAAGGCCACCAACACCCACCGCACCAGAUGUACGGCGCUCGUGGAGACUGGCCCCAUACAUACGCCCCUCACCAUCCUUUGCCGAACCCUUACACUCCUGCUGCUACGGUUAGUUCUGCCUCCCCUGUUGCCUUGGCAGGGUUUCGCCCUGUUUACUCGUUUGUUCCAAUUCCUGGUGCUCAGCAGAACAAGCGACCCCGACGCCGAUACGAGGAAAUUGAGCGCAUGUACAAGUGUGGCUGGAAUGGAUGUGAGAAGGCCUACGGUACCCUAAAUCACUUGAAUGCACACGUGACAAUGCAAUCACACGGCGCAAAGCGCACUCCUGAAGAGUUCAAGGAAAUUCGCAAGGAAUGGAAGGCCAGGAAGAAGGAAGAAGACACCCAGCGCAAGGCCGCUGAGGAACGUGAGCGUGCUGCCGCUCAAGCUGCACAGGCCAACCAGGUCGAUGCUUCCGGUCCUUCCGACUCUCAGCCUGGACAACCCUCGGCUUAUGGUGGUGGUGUUCGUCCUCAGCUUCCUCCUCUUGGAUACCAAGCUGCAGAAUCCCAAGUGCCGAGUCAAUACGCCCCUGGUGGUAUGGUCUAUCAGAACUACCCUCCCAAUUACCCUCACUCCCCCUACCAGAGCGGUCCUGUGUACCAGCAACGUGAGUAA